AAGAAGAGCCAUCAGCCUUGCAGACAUCACUCCAGAAGAAUUCCUAGCAAGCUUGCUCACACACCUGGCCAGAUGGAGAUCACUGUGGGGGUCAUGGACGAGAAUGCCACCAACACCUCCGCCAACUUUCUUUCUGCAUUCGACCCCUACGGAUCCCAAACUGCUUCCUUCCCAUUCAACUUCAGCUAUGGUGACUAUGAUAUGCCCUUGGAUGAAGAUGAAGAUGUGACCAACUCCCGGACUUUCUUUGCGGCCAAGAUCGUCAUCGGCAUGGCCUUGGUGGGCAUCAUGCUGGUCUGUGGCAUUGGUAACUUCAUUUUCAUUGCUGCCCUGGCCCGCUACAAGAAGCUGCGCAACCUCACCAACCUGCUCAUCGCCAACCUGGCCAUCUCUGACUUCCUGGUGGCCAUCGUCUGCUGCCCCUUUGAAAUGGACUACUAUGUGGUGCGCCAGCUCUCUUGGGAGCAUGGCCAUGUCCUGUGUGCUUCUGUCAACUACCUGCGCACUGUCUCUCUCUACGUCUCCACCAAUGCCCUGCUGGCCAUUGCCAUUGACAGGUAUCUGGCCAUUGUCCAUCCGCUGAGACCACGGAUGAAGUGUCAGACAGCCACCAUCCUGAUCGCCUUGGUGUGGACGGUGUCCAUCCUCAUUGCCGUCCCGUCAGCCUACUUCGCCACCGAAACUGUCCUUGUCAUUGUCAAGAGCCAGGAGAAGAUCUUCUGCGGCCAGAUCUGGCCUGUGGACCAGCAAGUCUACUACAAGUCCUACUUCCUCUUCAUCUUCGGCCUGGAGUUCUUGGGCCCAGUGGCCACCAUGACCCUGUGCUAUGCCAGGAUCUCCCGGGAGCUCUGGUUCAAGGCGGUGCCCGGGUUCCAGACGGAGCAGAUCCGCAAGCGGCUGCGCUGCCGUCGGAAGACCGUCCUGGUGCUCAUGUGCAUCCUGACCGCCUACGUGCUGUGCUGGGCGCCCUUCUACGGCUUCACCAUCGUGCGUGACUUCUUCCCCACCGUGUUCGUGAAGGAGAAGCACUACCUCACCGCCUUCUACGUGGUGGAGUGCAUCGCCAUGAGCAACAGCAUGAUCAACACCGUGUGCUUCGUCACGGUCAAGAACAGCACGGUCAAGUACUUCAAGAAGAUCAUGCUGCUCCACUGGCGUCCCUCCCACCACGGGAGCAAGUCCAGUGCCGACCUGGAUCUCAGAACAACAGGGAUGCCUGUCACGGAGGAGGUGGACUGUAUCCGACUAAAGUAA